AUGGUAUUUCUGUCAUCAUUUAAUUUUUCCAAGAGUUCAAAUCAUCUUUUAAGAUGUCCAUUCUCAAAGUUAACAGUAAAUUAUAGUACGAUUAAUAAACGUAGUCCAUUCAUUACUCGUGAUACUUUCAAAAAACGCACGUACUUAUACUAUACAUUAUCGUUUGGUAUAUUUAUGGCUGGUGUCGGAUAUGGUACUGUUCCAUUAUAUCGAUUAUAUUGUAGUAAAGUAGGGGCUGGUACAAAUGCGAAUUUGGCAUUGGCGAAAAGUGAGAAAAUUAAAACUAUGAAACCAGUUAGAGAUCGUGAAUACACUGUAUAUUUCGCUGCUGAUACACAUUCGUUAAUGAAAUGGAAUUUUAAACCAUCACAAAAGGCUUUAAGAAUUGUACCUGGUGAAACAGCAUUGGCAUUUUAUACAGCUGAGAAUCCAACUGAUAAACCUAUUGUUGGCAUUGCUACUUAUUCUGUUGUACCAAUUGAAGCAUCGAAAUAUUUUCAUAAAAUACAAUGUUUCUGUUUCGAAGAGCAACGUCUUAAUCCUCACGAAAAGGUUGAUCUGCCUGUAUUUUUCUUCCUUGAUCCGGAAAUUAGUUCAGAUUGGCGGUUAAAAAGAUGUUCAGAAAUUGUAUUAAAUUAUACUUUCUUUGAAGCCAAAAAAGCUAAAUUUCAUAUUCCAGGAAUCACAACUCCAGAAUAUAAUGAUACACAAAAGUCGGAUAUACUACCUGGGGUAGUUAGUUAGCUGGUUAAACGAUAAAUAAAUAAAUAAACAAAACAAUUUGUAGCGUAC